AUGAAAAAAAAUAAAACCGAUCAAGAAAAAAUUGGUUACCUUUUAAAUGAACAUAUAAAAUAUUUAAGACGUUAUUUAAAACGUCUUGACUUGAAACGCCUAGAACUUGGUGAAUGUUAUCUUCAAGAAGAAAAUGUUUUACUAAAGGAUCAAAUAAGAAUUAAGGAUUUUGAAUUAAUGAAAGCCUUACAGGAAAACAUUAAAUUUGAAACUGAUAAUCUUAGGUUAAUAAUAAUAAUCGAAAGAUUUCAAAAUGGAAAAAACGGAGGCAUAUACGACGAAAACAAAUGA